GUACCCUGCAGCAGAGCUGAUGUGUUUGCGAGUCGUCAGCUGUCGAUGGUUGAAAAGAGGAAGUUGAUGCGUUUCCUGACUUCCUGUAUGGAGGAGACUGAGGAACAGCAAGUCUACAAUGGCCGACCAUAUUUGGACUUCCUGCGGGACCAGCAGCUUGGGGACAACCUACAGCACUUCCUGUUGCACUCCAUUGCCAUGGUAACAGAGGACACACCCACAGAGGAGGGGCUGGCCUCCACGCGUCACUUCUUACGCUGUCUGGGUCGCUAUGGCAACACGCCCUUCCUGUUUCCUGUUUACGGCCUGGGAGAGAUCCCUCAGUGUUUCUGCAGGAUGUGUGCUGUGUUUGGAGGGAUCUAUUGUCUGAGACACUCGGUCCACUGUCUGAUCGUGGACAGAGACACCAACAGGUGUAAGGCUGUGAUUGACAGCCGAGGACAGCGAAUCAGCUGCAGUUAUUUUGUGGUACAAGACAGUUUUGUGGGUUCAGACAGGAAGAAGAUGACCACGCCCCCCAGGUUUCUGAGUCGAGCCGUUCUGAUCACAGACUCCUCCCUCCUGCCUGGAGACUCGGAUCAGCAGGUGUCCAUGGUAACAGUCCCUCCUGCAGCUACCGGUGGUCCGAUGGUCCAGGUGGUAGAGUUGUGUUCGUCUACAAUGACCUGCAUCCCUGGAACCU